AUGAAGGUCACCAUCAAGAAGUGGAAUACGGUCGCUACUUGGCGCUGGGAUAUACCUGAAGACGAUUGUCGGGGAAGUGCGGUCACAACUUUCACAUGCACUGCAUAUUGGAAUGGAUCAAACAAGAUUCAUCAAGAGGGCAAUGCCCCAUGUGUCGUCAACGAUUCGAGUGGAAUGAACAACUGA